AUGUCUGCAACAGGUGGCCAACCACCGACCGUCAUCUCGGCAACCCAAACACCAGAAGAAGAGGCCAAUCUCAAUAUCGCAAAAGAAUACAUGUCAAUUGCCUACUCACCAACCCAGAACAAAGGUGCCGAGUCCGUGCGCCACCUGUGCACUCCGGACAGCUGGUUUUGGAGUCCCUCUACUUUUCCUGGAUGUUCGACGCCCAUGGACUACGCCGACUCGCACGCCCAUGUCAUGGCGUCGGUCAAUGAUCUGCAUAUUGUUCGCUAUGACCAGGCGUGGGCAAAGGAUGGACAUGUGCUACUGCGAUAUACGGCUGAAGGAUCGCAUGCGGGGAAGCCGUAUAAAGGAAUUGAGAGAUCGGAUCCACCACGGAAAGCGAGAUGGAGCGCUGCUGCUAUCUUUGAUGUUCAAGAUGGCAAGAUCAAAAGCUUCACGAAGGAUUGGGACCAGAAGGUGAUGCAGAUCCAGCUUGGGUGGGCGCCGGUGCAAGAAUCGGAUGAUCCGAGGUGGAAUCGAGGAAUGUUGGCCGACCCGGAGAAAGCCAGGAAGGCGAAAUAG